AUGGUUUCUGAAUUCCGGAAAAAGAAGUAUCUUAAGGCGUUCAACACUUUUGACACUGAUGGUAGUGGGACGAUCGAGAAAAAAGACUUCGAGAUGUCAGCACAGAUGCUGGCGAAGUCUACGGACGGUAAGGUUGAUGAAGCAAAAUAUAAAGAAUACCUUAACACGGUGUUAAAGAUCUGGGACGGAUUGCAAAGCCAAGCUGACGCGAAUAAGGACGGACAAGUAUCGGCUAACGAAUGGGUUGCAUUGUGGGACGCUUAUGCUAAGAAUCCAUCAAGUGCCCAUGAUUAG